AUGCACCUGCAGCCCGCCUGGGCACCCAAGCUGCAGCCGCCUUCUGUGUGCAGGCAGCAACCUCCAGGCAACUCCCGAGUCCGCCCUCACUUCCCACAUCUCGGAACGAGGGCCAGAUGUCCCUGUGGCUGCGGCCAAGCCAGGCGGUCUGCCCUGCAGCAGCUGCACGGGGGCGGGAACCGGCCCUCAGCCCUAUCCCCCGUGGCUGCAGAGGGCCCUUGGCUAGAGGUGUCGAGCUCUGGCAUAGGAGGAGCCGGGCGGGGGCAGGGUCUGGUGGGCUCUCAGGCCAGGGGCACUUGCGAUCCACAGGCCGCCCAGGCCAUGCUCCACCACCUGGGCGCCCAGCUACAGGCGCCAGGCAACUCCCAAGCUGGCUGGCGCGCCCAGCCUCGCAGACCCGGGCCUGGAUGUCGCCGUGGCUGCGGCCAAACCAGGCAGUCUGCCUGGCAGCGGCUGCACCGGGGCAGGAACCGACCCUCAGCCCCAUCCCCGGUGGCUGCGGACGGCCCCUGGAGCGGCCCCGACGUCUCUUCGGAGGAGAAGAGGGGCGGGAGUCACGGCGAGGCAGGCCCUCAGGCGGGAAGGGAUGCGCGCCUGCGAUUCCGGGACGUACCGCGCCAGCCCAGGAGAACCCGGAAGCCAGCAGCUCCUGUUUCUCUGUGUGAUUCUGUGAGGAACCACCAAAUUGUUUUCCACGGCAAGUGCAUCAUUUUCUAUUCCUAGCAGCCAGUUCAUGAGGGCUCCAAUUUCUCCACCUCCUUAGCAACAUUGAUUUUCUGUGUCGUUGUUAUGAAAGCCUUACUAGUGGAUGCAAAGUGGUAUCUCAUUUGGGUUUUGUCUUGCAUUUUAUUAAUGAAUAACGGUGUUUAGCAUCUUUUCUUAUCCGUCUUAGACAUUUGUGUAUCUUCUUCGGAGAAAUUUCUAUUCAAGUCCUUUGCCUAUUUUUUAAUUGGGAUGUUAGAAAUUCUGAUGUUGAGUUUUGGGAUAUUAAGCUUUUAUCAGAUACGCACUUUGAUUUUAUCAGAUACAUAUUUUCUCACAUACUAUGGGUUGUCUUUUAACUCCCUUGAUAGUAUCCUUUGAUGCAU